AUGGAUGUUCAGCUGCGCGAUGAGGCCACGCAGGAUCGCGUGCGGGCCGCUAAGGAAUUUCUCGAUCCCAGUGAUAACCGGGCUAGGAGUUAUCGCGCCGAUAUUGUGGUGAUGCUCAAUCGCAAAUCGCGGCGUUUGCUUGUCGACCUCGAUGAAAUCCGCCAACAUAGCAGGGAGAUGGCCGAUGGGCUUCUUACGUCUCCGUUCGAAUAUACCCAAGCCUUCGAUGCAGCUUUGAAGGACAUCGUGAAAUAUUUGCCAGGAUGGUCUGGAAAGAGGGAGACAGAGGACGAUGUGGUCUACUACUGCGCUUUCCACGGCGCGUUCGGAGAGUUCUCUUGCAACCCUCGCACACUGGGCUCCCAGCACUUGAACCGCAUGGUGGCUCUUGAAGGAAUCGUUACAAAGUGCUCUUUGGUCCGACCCAAGAUCAUUCAGAGUGUUCACUACAGCGAGAAGAAAGAUCGUUUCUUGGCAAGAAAAUACCGUGACCAGACUAUGACCGCCAGCGGUGCGACAAGUUUGAACGUCUAUCCCCAAGAAGACGACGAAAAGAACCCACUCAUCACCGAGUACGGCUACUCUACAUAUAUGGACCACCAGACCAUCUCGAUCCAAGAAAUGCCCGAACGAGCCCCGGCCGGUCAACUGCCCCGCAGUGUCGAUGUGAUUGUGGACGAUGAUCUGGUUGACUUCGCCAAGCCCGGAGACAGAAUCCAGCUGGUGGGUAUCUAUCGUACUCUUGGUAACCGCAACGCCAGCUCUGGAUCGUCCACCUUUCGAACCGUUGUGAUGGCGAACAACAUUAUCCAACUUUCCUCCAAAUCCGGUGGAGGUGUCGCUCAGGCUACCAUCACCGAUACGGACGUUCGAAACAUAAACAAGAUCUCCAAGAAGAAGAACGUUUUCGAGCUGCUAUCCCAGUCCCUGGCACCUAGUAUCCACGGACAUGAUUACAUCAAGAAGGCAAUUCUCCUCAUGUUGCUUGGUGGUAUGGAGAAGAACCUGGAGAAUGGUACCCACUUGCGUGGUGAUAUCAAUAUCCUCAUGGUUGGUGAUCCCUCCACUGCUAAGUCUCAGCUUCUUCGUUUCGUUCUCAACACUGCCCCAUUGGCCAUUGCUACUACUGGUCGAGGAUCUUCCGGUGUCGGUCUGACAGCAGCUGUUACCUCUGACAAGGAAACCGGCGAGCGUCGACUGGAGGCUGGUGCAAUGGUUCUCGGUGACCGUGGCGUGGUCUGCAUUGAUGAGUUCGAUAAGAUGAGUGAUGUCGACCGUGUUGCCAUUCACGAAGUUAUGGAACAGCAGACUGUUACCAUUGCUAAGGCUGGUAUUCACACCAGUUUGAACGCCCGAUGCAGUGUUCUUGCCGCCGCCAAUCCGAUCUACGGACAAUACGACCCUCACAAAGAUCCUCACAAGAACAUUGCUCUCCCUGACUCUCUUCUGUCUCGUUUCGAUUUGCUCUUCAUUGUUACAGAUGACAUUGAGGAUGCGAAGGACCGAACCAUCUCAGAACACGUUCUGCGAAUGCACCGAUACCGCCAGCCAGGAACAGAGGAGGGCGCACCAGUUCGUGAGCAGCUUAACCAAACCCUUGGUGUCGGCAUUCAAGAGCAGGGAGAGAAGAACAAGUCUUCUGAGGUCUUUGAGAAAUUCAACGUCAUGCUUCACGGUGGCAUGGCCAACACAGCUCGCAGCAAAGGCAAAAACAACGUCGAAAUCAUCAGCAUCCCCUUCAUCAAGAAGUACAUCCAGUACGCCAAAUCUCGAGUCAAGCCCGUCCUCACAAAGGGUGCGGCCGAUCAUAUCAUUGCCGUUUACUCCGCCCUGCGAAAUGACGAGCUUCACGGCAACAAACGCCGUACAUCCCCCAUCACACCUCGUACCCUGGAGACAUUGAUUCGUCUUUCAACCGCGCACGCCAAGGCUCGCCUUUCGAACCGAGUCGAUGAGAAGGAUGCCAAGCAUGCUGAAGCCAUUCUGCGUUUCGCCAUGUUCAAGGAGGUGCAGGAGGACAAGCGCACCAAGAGACGCAAGGUGACCACUUUCGACGAAGACUCGUCCUCGAAUGACGACAGCGAUCCCGAGCUCGAUGAUAACGAAGAUGACAAUGCUCCUUUCCGAGGCAGCUCCACAGCCACCCCCGGCCGCCGAGCUGGAACUGCGCGAACUCGUGCUGCCGCCAGCUCCGCCAUCCCCGAAGACGAGCUGGAGAGCCAAACUACCCGUACCCAAACCCAGACCCAGACGGACACUCAAAUGUCCGUUGCGUCCUCGCAGCCUGCCUCCCAGCUCGUGGAAUCACAGGACGACUCACAGCCCGCCUCUUCGUCAGCACCACCACCCAUCACACCGGAUCGUAUGGCUGUCUUCCGCCAGACCCUGGGUCCUCUCAUGGGUUCGCGUGUCUUUAUUGACAGCGACACGACCAACGUCAACGAUCUUAUUGAGGCUGUCAACACGGCUAUCCGCACUUCGCCCAGCCAAGGUGCUGCCCAGGUCUUCUCCCGACCGGAGGCCAUCCAGGCUUUGCGUGUAAUGAACGAAGAGAACCUGCUGAUGUUCCUCGAGGACGAUGACAACGUCUACCGUAUUUAG